AGUGAGAUAGAUAGAGAGAGAGAGAGAGAGAGAGAGAGAGAGAGAAUUUCUCACUUGUCGGAGACGCAUUCUUCCGUAUUUGUUCUCCAGUGUAGAGGUUUUAUCCACUCAGCAUUAUCAUGGCAUCCCAGGGUACAAUAAGUGAAGUGGAGAUCAAUGAGAUGAACAGCUUAAUGCACUCCCGUGGGGUCACGGAUGUUGUGGCACAGGUUGAAGGCAUGAUUUUAGAGAUGAAAUCUGUUACUCUAAACAUUGCAGUUACAGGAGAGUCCGGUGCAGGCAAGUCCUCUUUUAUCAAUGCUUUCCGUGGGGUUUCUGAUGAUGACCCUGAAGCAGCAGAGACAGGUGUAACAGAAACCACUCAGAAUGCUUUACCAUACUCACAUCCCACUGCUAGUAAUGUCUUGCUGUGGGACCUACCAGGGAUUGGGACCCCCUCUUUUCAGCCUGGAACCUAUCUGGAGGAUGUUGAUCUGCUAAAAUAUGACUUCUUCAUCAUUGUCACAUCUGAUAGAUUUCAAGAAUGUCAUUCUUCACUGGCUAAAUAUAUUAUGAAAGCUCAAAAGAAGUUUUAUUUAAUCAGGAACAAAGUGGAUCGAGAUUUGAAGGCAAAUGCUAGACGCAGGAGUCAGAGAGGUUUGUCUGAUGAUGACGUCUUGAACCUACUCCGUGUAGACUGUGAAAAGAAUCUAAGAAAUGGUCAAAUAGAACAACCACAGGUUUUUCUGCUCUCCUGCUUUCGUCCACAGUGCUAUGACUUCCCUGCACUCCAGAUGACUUUGCUAGAGCAACUGGAGGGACAUAAGAGACAUGCUCUGCUCUUGUCACUACCCAACCUUAGUGCAUCGAUUAUACAAAGCAAACAGGAAGCACUUGCUCAAGAUGUUUGGAAGAAAGCAAUUGUGGUGUGCUUGAGCACUGUCACAGGGGGAGCUUCAACCAAUUCUAUUGUUCCCAAACUGAUGGAGACUUUAAAAUAUUAUCAGCAAGCAUUCUGUCUAGAUGCAAAUUCUCUUCAUCGAUUAGCGAAUAUAACAGGCAUAUCAUUUGAGAAGCUUCAGAGUGAGAUAACCUCCACAGUUGGCAGAGAGCUGUCAGCAAAUGCAGUGCAAGACUUGCUACAUCAGGUAGCCUCAGGACAUCAAUUCUUGGCUAAAGAGCUGGAGAGCAGGGUCCCAAUUCUUGGCUAUGUUAUUGCGGGUGGUAUUUCAUUUGUAGCCUCUUACUUCCUGCUCAAAUCUGCACUGAAUGAUCUGAGUGAAGAUGGACAAAGAGUGAUACAAAAAUCCCUUUGUGGUUCACCUAAAUAACAUGGAAUAUUUUAUAUAAGAACAUAAUUUUUGUUCUAAAUGAGUCCAUUAAAGUUUCUUGUUUCUACACUUUAAGGAAAUAAAAGCUAUUUUAGCUCUUAAUAAAAUGCAAAAACUGUACUGUCCAUUCUUAAAAUAAAACUACUACACUGCAUCUUCACUGUUGCACCA